AUGGCGCCGCAGCUGGGGUGGGCGGUGGUGCCCCUAUUGAUGACGGCGCUCUUCGCUGUCGCCACCGCAGCCCGUGCGUCGUCUGAGAUUUCCCAGAGUGCCAUAAUCACGUCGCUGUAUGACAUCGAGCACCCAGAAGUGGAUGGGAAGCUGACGCGGUGCGAGUCCAUCGUCCAGAAAAGCAAGGCGACGGGUGCCAAGAACAUGGGUAUCGUCUUGACAAUCGCAGCUCAGGGCUCUGAGAAGAGCGUGGGAUUCUACCAGUAUCAGGACGGCAUGGGGGGGUAUGUGGCUGUGUCCAAGGACUCGAUCAGCCGGUGGCGCAAGGGCCUGGAGAAGUGCUUCAGGAUGGCGGUGCAGUCAGGCUUCACCAAGAUCCACCUGCUGCCCCACAUCGACGUCUACGAGGUCAACAAGGCCGGCAAGCAGUCCAACAGCCUCUGGCGCAACAUAGUCCGCUUUGACCCCCUAGUGAAGCACGGCACCGCGCCGGCCGCUUUCAGCUACGAGGACAUGCUGCUCACGCCGGCCGUCGAGGCGCUGAAAGCGGUGCUGACGCCGGCCGUCACGGUCGAGUUUGCGCUGGCGGGGGAGCAGGGGCUGUCGGUGUUUGGGUACCCGAGGAGCUGGGAGGUGCUGUUGGAGAGGACGCGGACGGCGCUGGCGAACCACGGGUCGAGGAAGCACACCUACGGCGUCAGCUUCAACUGGAACAAGGUCUGCGGCUGCGUCGAGCCGCGGGAGCGCGACCCGCUUAUAUACAACCGCACCUACACGCAGCGCCUCGCGCGCUGGCGGGCCGACAAGACGGGCGACAAGCUUAUGGGCCCAUCCGUGAUUGACGUGCAGGGCGCCAAAAGGCUGCUGCAGAAGUCAGAUUUUGUGGGCAUAUCCGGCUACGCGCCGCUCCUCCGCCCGCUGUCUUUCGAGGCGCUGGAGAUAUCCUGGGAGACUGCGGGGUACGAGUUUGAGCUGUUUGGCAUCUCGCUGAAGGACCUGGCAAAGGCGGGCAAGAAGCUGGUGUUCAGCGAACACGGGCUUGGCGGCUGCUACUGGGAUUUCUCUGUGGCCCCCAGCCUGGAUUUCAUGAAAAACCACCCCUGGCUCGGCUACUGGCCAAACCCAGGGUGGACCAAAUCGACAGACCCCUGGGUCAAGCCGGACUACAAGAAGUACCGCAAUGACUUUUACAACACUGUUAUCCGCUGGGCACAGACGGGCGGCGGGCCGCAGUACCAAAUCGACGGCAUCUACACCUGGAGCGUGGGCAGCUUCGACGUGACCAACGUCCACCCGGUCACAACCAACGCAAACGGCACCUACUCCGACCCUGCGAUUGCCGCCGCGAUCCGCAAGUCGAACUUGCUGAUCAACUCAGGUGCCCUGGCGCCCAGGCCGGUUUACGGGGCUCUUAAGGCGCUUCGAAGGGAUUUCAAGCUGUUCUCAAAGCUGGCUGACGCCUCUGGCGUCUCCCCUGUGCUCAACGCCACUGUUUUGCGCGCGACCAUAUUCGCGCCGACAGACGAGGCGAUCCAAGCUCUGGCAGCCAGGUUCCAAGUCACCCUUGACCAGCUGCUGUCAAACGAGCUGCUGGUUGACCGCCUGGUGGCUUACCACAUCAUCACUCGCGCCAACCUCGGGUCAAAAGAUCUGACCGCCAACAAGGAGCUGACGCCAGUAAAAGGCGGCCCGAUCAGAGUUGCCAAGGCAGCAGGGGGCGGCACUGUCCUCAAGGGGGUGCAGAAUUCCGCCAACAUUUCGGGGCCUGAGGUCGUUGCUGCCAACACAACCAUUGUUCCAAUCGACGCAGUGCUGCUGCCUGCCGAGGUGUUUGUCACAAUCCAGGACGCUUUGAAGUUCCGCAAGGUCACCAAGCCCAUCCUCGACCUCGUUUCAAGAGAUCCCGUCCUGAGCAAGGCCAUCACGAACCCUAAGACCGCCGCAACCGUGUUCAUCCCAAUUGCCACGGCCGCCGCGCCCCUGGCCGCAGCAGUGGCGAAGCCGGGUGCCGAGGUGACCCUUGCCGGCCGCAAGGUGCAGCUGAAUGCGACCACUUUGGGCACGAUCCUGGCGGACCACUUUGUAGGUGGCGCGCGCAUACUCCCAAAUGCGGUCAAGGACGGGGAGAAGCUGCCGACUCUGGCAAAGGGGCACUCCGUGAUUGUCAAGAAGGUGUUUGAGGCCCCCAAGGUUGGGACGAUCGAGCUGAUCUCAGACCUCAAGGGCGCCCCGCCGGCCAAGGUGGUCAAAUUCGACAUCAUCGCCGGCGCCAGCCUCGUCAACCGUGAGCAUAUAUGCACCUGCUACCCCAUCCUAACCUGCAUCACUGCCUCCAACCUGCAAAAUCUGGGAUGA